AGCUGAGGAACGUGUCUCCUCUCCUCUGGUCUCAGCUCGUCCUGCUCUCAGAAAGGCCAGAAACUCUCUCCGUCUGGAGAAAGAAGUCCACUUCAACAUGAAUGAAGCUGCUGCAGCCACCAAACCUCCCACAGAGACCAGAGCCAGAGUUUCAGGUGUCAGUGGGCUGGUUGGACCUCCAGUCAGCUCCCAGUCUGCAGCUCCAGAUUCUCCUCCAGCCAGGAAGCUCCUGAGAACUGCGAGAGGGAAGGUUAAACUCUCCAGUCCUGUUAAACUCCUGGAGGAGUCGACAGUAGAAUGUUCUACUCAGACCGUCUGCUCCUCACCCAGCAGCUCUCCUCUCAAAGGAAAAGGAAAAGCCAGGAAGACGAAGCCGGCGUGCGGCGUGGAGCCGCUGCAGGACGGAGAGGAGGUGACGGACACCACGGGGAGGAGGUGGAGGCUGGAGAAACUGCUGAGUCAGAGCAGCACAGAGCUCCUCUACCAAGUUUGUCAAACAGUUUCUCGUUCAAACUCCAAAGAAUCGAGUCACAUCCUCAAACUGGGAGCUAAAGAUGGACGGAUCUUCACUGAGCAGAACUUCCUGCAGAGAGCUGCUAAACCUGCUACAGUGGAGAAGUGGAUCAAACAGAACAAGAUGGAUUUUCUGGGGAUUCCUUCAUGUGUGGGCUUCGGUCUUCAUGCUGAGAGCUACAGGUUCCUGAUCUUCCCCAACAUGGGCCGGUCUCUGAGCUCCAUCAUGGAGGACCAGGACCAGGACCAGGACCAGCUCCUGUCUGAGAGAACCGUCCUCCAGCUCGCCUGCAGGAUAUUGGAUGUUCUGCAGUAUCUCCAUUCAAACGAAUACGUUCACGCUGAUAUUAAUGCAGAAAACAUCUACAUCAAACCAGGAGACAAAUCACAGGUGUACCUGGGCGGGUUCUGCCACUCCUUCAGGUUCUGUCCUGGAGGAACUCAUGUGGAGUACCGUGAGUCCAGCAGGACGCCACACGAGGGCGCCGUGGAGUUCAUCAGCCUGGACGCCCAUAAAGGAGCAGCUCCGAGUCGCCGUAGCGACCUCCAGUCUCUGGGUUUCUGCAUGCUGCGCUGGCACACGGGGGCUCUGCCCUGGACCCCCCUCCUCUCAGACCCCCAGCAGGUAGCCAAUCACAAGCAGCGGUUGAUGGAGGACGUUCCUGCUCUGCUCAGUCUCUGCUUCAGGAACAACAAGGUCCCCAGAGUGUUUGAGUGGUACCUGAGAGAAGUGAUGACUCUGCAGUAUUGUGAGCAGCCGAACUACUCAGAGCUGAAGUCUGGACUCACUGACGAGUUACUGAAGCUGGGAGCCACGCCGGAGCAGCCAAUCAGCUUCUAGAUAAAUGGAACAAAAAGAAUAAUUUCAAGGAUUUGUACUUGUUUUUUUGUUCUCAUGCUGUUUUAUCUGUGAUGUUUUAUUGCAGUGUUGUAGAGUUUAAAGUUUUACUGGUUUUUAACGUUAUAAUGUGUUUCACUGUUUGAGUCUUCAUGUUAUAUCUACAUAUACAUAUACAUGGUUCUUCAUGUGACGCUCAGAUCUGAUGAUGUCACCAUGUUACAUGUUAAAACUGUUUUACUAUUUUAAAUCGUUGCUUGUUACGACGUUUUUAUGGGCUGAAAUAUGAGCCUCCAGAAACUGAUAUUUUAAUUUGAAUUGUUUAACUUGAAUAAUUGCAUUAAAAAACUGAAUUUGAAUCACA